CUCCGAGCUACCACGUUGCUUCAUACAACCAAAUCUGUGUGUCGAACUUGUCUACAAGAUCAAUUGCAUCCUCCUUUAUCAUAUAUUACUUGGUGAAUAUUCCCAUUCCUCGAGCCAAGUCUCUCGUCUGUCCCCAACCAUGACCUCCCUCUUCGAAGCAAAAGUCAAGAGCGUCCUCUCUGGCGACACCAUCAUCCUCCACAAUAUCAACAACCCAAAGCAAGAGCGUACACUGAGCCUAGCUUUCGUCACUGCGCCCAGACUGAGGCGAGAAGGCGAUGAGCCAUUCGCCUUCGAGUCACGCGACUACCUCCGACGUCUCGUCGUAGGCAAGGUCGUGCGCUUCCAGGUCCUGUACAAGAUCCCCACGGGCGCAAAUCGCGAAUACGGUCUCAUUGUCCUUCCGAACAAGAUCGCCCUGCCAGAACAAGCAGUGGCAGAGGGCUGGCUGAAGCUGCGAGAUGAUGCUGGCCGGAAAGAAGACUCUGAGGAAGCCGCACAACUGCUAGAGAGACUGCAGAUGGUUGAGGCACGCGCGAGGGCAGACUCGAAGGGUCUCUGGGCCGAGUCGGGAGGCCGCAUUAGCUCGUCAACUGAGCUAAGCGACCCGCAGAAGUUCGUCGAGGACAACAAGGGCAAGGACUUGGAGGCAAUUGUCGAGAAAGUGCUUUCUGGCGACCGCCUCAUCGUCCGAUUCAUUCUCUCGCCGACCGAGCAUGUCCAAACCAUGGUCCUCCUCGCCGGCAUCCGCGCCCCAGCCACCAAGCGAACGAACCCUUCAGACGGCAAAGAACACCCAGCUGAGCCAUUCGGCGAGGAGGCUCAACAAUUCGUGGAGACAAGGUUGUUGCAGAGAGGAGCGAGCGUCGUCGUGCUUGGAACGACUCCCAAUGGCCAGAUCGUGGCCGACGUUAAGCACCCCACUCAAGGCAGCAUUACGCCCUUCCUACUCAAAGCCGGAUUGGCAAAGUGCACCGACCAUCACACAACACUUCUCGGCCAGCAGAUGGGUGUGCUCAGACAGGCAGAGAAGGUGGCAAGGGACAGCCGGCAAGGUCUCUAUGCGGGCCAUGUCGCUCCAAAGGCCAAUGCAGCAGGCGAAUUGGAAGCUAUUGUUACCAGGAUCCAAAGUGCUGACACACUCUUCCUACGGAACAAGGCUGGUGUGGAACGGCGCGUCAACCUAAGCAGUGUUCGCCAACCGAAGCCUACCGACCCGAAGCAGUCACCGUGGGUAGCGGAAGCGAAAGAGUUUUUGCGCAAGAAGCUGAUUGGAAAGCACGUCAAAGUCCACGUUGAUGGUAAGCGGCCCGGGACAGAGGGAUAUGAUGAGCGCGAGAUGGUCACCGUCACUAUCCAGGGCAAGAACAUCGGACUGCUUCUUGUGGAGAGUGGCAUGGCUUCCGUGAUCCGACACCGACAAGACGACACCGACAGAAGCCCCAUUUACGAUGAUCUUCUGCUUGCUGAACAAAGCGCGCAAGAAGGGAAGAAGGGUCUGUGGUCAGAAAAGGCGCCGGCCGUAAAGCAGUAUGUCGAUUACUCGGAAUCUCUUGAAAAGGCUAAGCGACAACUCUCUCUACUAUCACGGCAACGCAAGGUACCAGCAAUUGUCGACUUUGUCAAAUCCGCAUCACGUUUCACUGUACUGGUACCCCGCGAGAACGCUAAACUUACUUUCGUCCUCUCCGGUAUUCGUGCGCCGCGGUCAGCCAGGAACGAAAGUGAUAAGGGUGAGCCGUUUGGUAAGGAGGCCCACGAGUUUGCCAACAAGCGAUGCCAGCAACGCGACGUCGAGAUUGAUGUCGAGGAUUGCGACAAGGUGGGCGGCUUCAUUGGCACCCUCUACAUCAACCGCGAGAACUUCGCGAAGACCCUAGUCGAGGAGGGUCUUGCUUCAGUACAUGCGUACUCAGCAGAAAAGUCUGGCAAUGCAAACGAGUUAUUCGCCGCUGAGCAGAAGGCAAAGGACGCGCGAAAAGGACUGUGGCAUGACUAUGACCCUUCCCAGGACGAGGACGCUGAGCCGAACGCUGCUGCUGCUGCUGAAACUACCAACGGCGACGCAGCGACCUCGAGGCGAAAGGACUACCGCGACGUCAUGGUAACGCAUGUGGAGGAUGAUGGCAGGCUGAGGCUCCAAGAGAUUGGCGCCGGCACAACAGCACUAACAUCACUCAUGGACGCGUUCAGCAAGUUCCAUCUGAACCCAACCAAUAGUGCAGGCCUCCCUAAUCCUCCCAAGGCCGGCGAGUUCGUCGCAGCCAGGUUUACGGCGGACGACCAGUGGUACCGCGCCCGAAUCCGACGCAACGAUCGUGAGGCAAAGAAGGCCGAGGUCGUGUAUGUCGACUAUGGAAACUCGGAGACGAUCCCGUGGUCGCGUCUCCGACCUCUCUCUCAGACUCAAUUCUUGCCAUCGAAGCUCAAGCCUCAAGCUGUGGAAGCACAGCUAGCUUUCAUCCAGCUGCCGGGCAACCCAGAGUAUCUCGCGGACGCGGUGCACUUCAUCUCACAAGAGACGGCGGAUCGUCAGCUUGUUGCUAAUGUGGAUCAGGUGGAGAAGGAUGGCCUGCUCUGGGUUACGCUAUUUGAUCCCAAGCAGAGCAAGACUGGACAAGAGAGCGUGAACGCGGACGUUAUCAGUGAGGGUCUUGCUAUGGUGCCCAAGAAGUUGAGGGUCUGGGAACGGAGUGCAAGCGAUGUGCUAGCUGCGCUGAAGAAGAAGCAAGAUGUAGCUAAGGAGGAGAGGCGGGGCCAGUGGGAAUAUGGCGACCUGACCGAGGACGACUAAGCGUGUCGAUGAGAUGAGUUCUUUGAUGCCUUUGAACUAGGAGCGAGGGAUUGAAGGGUGCAAAUGCCACAAAGUUUGGCGUGCAUACAGGAUACUUGAACAGUCAGGAAUCAAAUGUUUCUCCGU